GUUCGUCGCCGUCAUGAGUGACGCGACUGGCUUUGGAACAGGCGGUACCUCUCCAAUCCUCACUGUCAAUUCUGGAAACUCCUCGUCCUGCAUACCUCGCACUCCAUCCGAGCCAGAAUUCUAUCUAUACCUCUCGUCGACCAGUCUCAACCAAUGCGGGUCUGUUCAUAUUUCCUGGGACAGGCCAGCAUCACCACCCGUCACAGUUUAUGGUGUCAUUCCUCAAGGGCAAUCCUUUGACCUGAACGCCGCGUCCAAGGUUGGUAGCGGAAUAGGCUUUGACUGGACAGUGAACAUCAAAUCAGGCACCCCCUUCUUUUUCGUCGCUGGAGAUAGAAACGGCAGCGGAAAGGGUGGUAGCACGGAUGUUCAGUCAAUAGGAGGUGGCUCUAGCCGGUGCAUCGACGCAAACUCUCCAAGCGCCACUGCUGAUUCGGGAGUUGGUAGCGUCGGUCAACUUCCCAAUGCAAGCGGUACCCCGACACCUACUUCGUCUGGAACCAACGACCCCA